UUUCGAACAGAGAGUGUCUUUGUGCGAUAGCCCCGGCUUAGGGUCGUCGGGACCCGCCGCCAGACGAGCGCAUCGCGCGCGGUCGACCGACGAAGGGGGUCAGCCAGCCGGCGGCGACUCCCGUCUGGCGCCGGCUCUGGGAUCGCCCACGGACACAGAGAGAUAAGCUCCCGUCGGCUGCGCCAACGCGAGUCGGCCGGCCGUCGUCGGCGAGAGGAGGAGAGAGACAUAUCCCCGUGCAGGGAGAAGGAGGAGGAUGCAACCACGUCCGCAGACAUCGGCGCUCCUGCUGGCGGCGCUGAUCGCCGCGGCAAGCGCUUUCCCCGUGGACGAAGGCUCCUGGGAGGAGCUGUCCCUCGGCGGCUACGAGGACCUGGGGCCGCCCGGCGCGCAGCAGGACUCCUCCUACUACUACUACGACGGCGACGGCGACGGCGACGGCGAAGGGGCGGCGGCGGACGGCGACGUGUUCGCCCGGCUGGUGGCGCUGCUGAUGACCGUGGACGGCGGGCGGUCGCGCGGCGAGGCGGAGGACAUGGCAAGGGUCCUCGUGGAUGCGCUGGCCGCAGCCGAGGACGACUGACCGCCGCGCGCCGAUCAGGAGAAGGUAACGACAUACACAUCAGGCAUCUAUUCCGGGGAAUAGCAAAAGUGAUACUAUUUCAAACAAAUAUUUCAGAUUUAACUGUGGAAUAUAAAUAAAUAAUCUCUGUUUGUUAUUUUUAAGUAUGUUAUAAAAACAAUUAUUUAUCAAAAAUGUACUUUAUGGAAUAAAAAUAUUAUUUAAUUUGUUAGUGUUAUUAACUACGCUUAAAAUCUACUCGUAGAUAUAACGUCUUUGUAAUAUUAAAAGUUCUUUAAUAAAUGUAUAACCUUAUAUUAAAAAGUUUAUUAAUGAAAGCAAACAAACAAAAAGUCACUUCAUCAGCCAGGACUAUUUUCAAGCAGUACUGUCAAAAUAUGAUGGUACGAAGCCUUAUUCAUCAGAGUUUAGAUGCAAAAUGUGAUAUAUGGUUAAAGAAUUUUGAUUGAUAUUUAAAAAUUUUCACUGAAAACCAAUUAAAAAUUUAAACUUUUAAGUGUGAACAUAUAUUAAUAAAUUAUACACAUAAUUAUACCUUAUGUUAUAUACAUUGUAAAAUAUAAGUUCAGGUUUUUUUUGUAGAUUCAACAUAAUUUCACUGAUAUUUUCAUUUUAUUAAUAUUAAAAAAAACCAGUUUUAAGAUAAUAGGACUAUUCCAACAAUACUGCAGGUAUUUUUAACAGAUAAUAUUUGCAAUUUGUGUGCCAACAGAACAUGAAAAUAGGUAUACCACGUCAUUAUGUAUAAUUUAUCAAUUUACGUAGCCUUCUUGACUUUCAAAGAUCAGAAUUUUGUCACUUCUAUAAACAACUCAUACAUUUUUAUGUCAAACAAAAAAAAAUCAAGAGAAAAAUAUCGUCACGUCUGAGAUUCACUCAGUUCGUGUUUAGGAGCCAGGAAUAGUUGCGAAAGUGAAUAAAGCGUGACGUCGGAUGGUUGCAACAGUCAUGUGGACAGUUAUCAAGAAUUAUUGAUGAAGAGACGCCGAAGACUUCAAGAGUUGGAAGGUUAUGAAUAAUGCGAUCACUAUGCGAUACGCGCUUCGCUCCAACGUUCUGUUUCAUUUAUGAACUUAUUUUAAAUGCUGCUAUUUUUUUUGUCGCCAAACCCUGAAAUGGUUAUGUAAAAAUAUACUCUGAAGGGUCUACGCUUUGUUUAGUUUUCAGGCAACCUAAAAUUGGAAACUUGUCUUUCUACAAAUUCAUACUUAAAUAAUGUGACUGCAUGCAUGUUGAAGUACAACAAUUGCAUUUAAAUUUUUUUAUUUUGUUUUAUGUAAUAAGAACCGUUGAACAAAUAAAAGAAUAAUAAUAUUGAC